GAAGAAGAAAGCUCCAUGUACAUGGCACUCGCCAAAGCUCCAUCAACACCUCACACCUAUGCAUACUUCCUCUCUCGCCGUUUCUUCGCGUCAACACUCCAAAACGACGCCGUAUCCUCACUCCCCACUCUCCAACCCUCAAACGACGCCGAUUCACUCUCCCGCAUCCUCCUCACUCACCACAACCCUUUCCAUGCCGUGGAAUCCUCCCUCCAACUCCACGGCGUCACCAUCACCCCUCACCUCCUCUCUCAAACCCUCCUCCGCCUCAGACACCAUACGAAGAUCGCAUUCUCCCUCUUCACCUACGUCAAGUCCCUCCCUAACCCUCCUCUCACCACCGCCUCUUACAACCUCCUCAUCGACGUCAUGGCCAAGGUCCGCCAAUUCGAUGUCGCCUGGCAGCUCAUCGUCGACAUGGACCGCCGUGGCCUCACCCCUACUCCCAACACCUUCUUGCUCCUCAUCCGCCGCCUUGUCACCGCCGGCCUCACCCGCCAGGCGAUUCGUGCUUUCGAUGAUAUCGAUGCCUUCGCGGAGAACAAAGUUAGUUCAGAAGAAUUUUGCCUCCUUCUUGACACGCUCUGUAAGUACGGUUAUGUAAAAGUCGCUGUUGAAGUUUUCAAUAAAAAUGUGCAUAGGUUUAGACCCGAUGUGAAAAUGUACACUGUUCUGAUCUAUGGUUGGUGCAAGUUAGGGAGAAUUCGAAAGGCUAGAGAGCUAUUUAGUGAGAUGGUAGAUAAAGGAGUUGAGCCUAAUCUUGUUACUUAUAAUGUGUUGUUGAAUGGGAUUUGUAGAAGGGCUAGUCUUCACCCUGAAGAUAGGUUUGACCGGACGAUAAGGGAGGCAGAUGAGAUGUUCGAUGAAAUGCGCAGCAAAGGGAUUGAGCCAGAUGUGACUAGUUUUUCUAUUGUGCUCCAUGUUUAUAGCAGGGGACAUAAACCGCAGUUAUCCCUUGAUAAAUUGAGGUUAAUGAAGGAGAAAGGUAUUUGUCCGACCGUGGCGACGUAUACUUCGGUUAUAAAGUGUCUGUCUUCUUGUGGGUGGCUUGAAGAUGCUGAGGCUUUGAUUGAUGAGAUGAUGGAGAAUGGAGUGACUCCAAAUGCUGCAACAUACAAUUGCUUCUUUAAGGAAUAUAGGGGGAGAAAGGAUGCUGGUAGUGCUUUGAAGUUCUUUAAGAAGAUGAAGAGUGAUGGUUUAUGCUUGCCAACUUCACAUACAUAUGGCAUUCUGAUUAGGAUGUUUUUGGAUCUGAAUAAAAUUGGGGUUGUGGAAGAGAUAUGGAAUGAUAUGAAGGAGACUGGGGUAGGACCAGAUUUGGAUAUGUAUACCAUUCUAAUUCAUGGGCUAUGUGCAAAACAGCGUUGGAGGGAGGCUUGCCAUUAUUUUGUAGAGAUGAUAGAGAAAGGAUUUCUUCCUCAGAAAGUUACUUUCGAGAGCCUUUACAAAGGGCUAAUACAGGCUGAUAUGUUGAGAACUUGGCGGAGAUUGAAGAAGAAGCUUGAUGAAGAAUCCAUAACAUUUGGUUCGGAGUUUGAAGAAUAUAAAUUAAAGCCAUAUAGGAGAUAAACUAUGGCAAAACCCUUAAACAUGAUUGUUGCAGAAGUUAAACACAAAGCCACACUGAGAUCAAGAAUAAUAUACACAUUU